GAGCCACCGGAUAGCCCCGCCUGGGGAGAGCCCCUGAUCCGCUUUCUUGGGGGCCCUCUGCCCCGACAUCCUAAUGUGAUCUCGUAGGAGCGCCCCUUUCCCUUAGAAAAGUGGUUCCUGUUUAUUGGCUCCCAUGGAGACACAGGUCAGCAGGCCAACAGAGGACGCACGGGUAGUUUGCCGCUGUUAGUGAUGACUCUGUUAGUAUUAUCAUAAUGUGUGUGUCUGAUCAAUGCGGAGCGUCGGGGGCUGGUCAAGUCAAACUGUUAACGUCCCUGUGAGAAGCACCGCAGUGUCUAGUAAGAGUAGUCUGGUUAAAUACCGUAACCACACCGAGCUUGUCUCUGGCCAGGUGCUCUUAUUUAGAGGUAGGAGGUGAGGCGACGGCCAUUGUUUCUUUCAGUUCCAGAAGAGUAGGGUAGUACUAGUUGCCAUCAACUUAAUCUCUUAAUCUCGUGAUAUUUCACUGCCAUUAAGAUCAAUAUCCUGUGUUGUAAUAAGCUUGGUAGCAGUGAUGUUUUCUCUCCCUAAACCAACAAAAUAGAAUAAAUAGCACUUGCAUGAAUCUUGCUCCAUUGGUAGAAGUUUUCUGGACUUCUAAAGAUGGCAUAGAGAAGGAGGGGUAGCAGAAGGGGCAUAUUGAGUGCUUUUUUUUUUAAAACCUAGUCUUUAUAUAAAAUAUAAAUAUAACAGAAUUUAUAUAAAUAUAUGCACAAGAUGGAAAUAUGAUUUAAAUAACAAAAUUAAAUCUUCAUUAUUUGGAAAGCCUGGAAUUAAAACAAACAUACAAAAAACCCUGAACUUGUAGAGGUCAUUCAGGGCAUCCAUUAUUAAAGUGACUAAACAGGCCGUUCUGGUUACUAUGGCAUCCCGUGAAGAGAUUACUCUCUAUGAAGAUGAAGUAAGGUCUCGCUACGGCUACCUGGAGAAGAUGACAGAUCUGGUGGCUGUUUGGGAGGUUGCUUUAAGUGAUGGUGUUCACAAGAUUGAAUUUGAACAUGGAACUACAUCAGGAAAACGUGUUGUAUAUGUAGAUGGAAAGGAAGAAAUAAGAAAAGAGUGGAUGUUUAAACUAGUGGGUAAAGAAACAUUUACAGUUGGAGCAGCCAAAACAAAGGCUACCAUUAACAUUGAUGCAGUCAGUGGUUUUGCAUAUGAGUAUACCUUGGAGAUCAAUGGGAAAAGCCUCAAGAAGUACAUGGAGAACCGGUCAAAAACAACAAAUACUUGGGUAUUAAGCUUGGAUGGUGUGGAUUGUAGAGUUGUGUUAGAGAAGGACACUAUGGAUGUCUGGUGCAAUGGUAAAAAAAUGGAAACAGCGGGUGAAUUUGUAGAAGAUGGAACAGAAACUCACUUCAGUGUUGGUGAUCAUGACUGUUGCAUUAAGGCUGUCAGUAGUGGAAAGCGAAGGGAAGGAAUCAUUCAUACUCUUAUAGUAGAUGACAGAGAAAUCCCAGAGGUUUUGGAGUAGCCUGGAGUUAAUCUGUUAUAGAAAUAAAGAUCAGGGAUUUUCAAUUACUGUGGUAAUUAAUUAUGUUAAUAUGUACUUCCAGGUACAUUUAGUUUGUGCUUUUUAUUUUCUGGUUACUGUAUAUGAAAUUAUAAUCUUUUUGAGGACCAGAUGAAAAUAUCCAAUUAUGUACAGCCUCAGAUAUUACCAGUUCUUUUGUAAACUAUAUAAAUAUAUAACACUAAGUAUAAGGAGGGGAAGGUGGACUUAAAGAUUUCCUUGUAAACAAUUCUACUUGUUACAAUAAUAAAAUGCAAAAUAAAUAAGCAGUGCAAUAUUGAAUUUUGAGAAGUUUAUUAACUGGAUGUGGUUUUCUUUUCAUGUUCUGCAUUCAGCUGCUCUGCACAAUUUUUACAAUAGUACACCCAAGCUCUGAGCUGUUUUUUAUUGAUAAAUGUUUCUUGUAACAUGCUAAUGUCACUUUAAAAUUCCUAUGGUUGUAGUUAAGGCAAUAAAUAGCUAUGUAAUUGCUAAAGUUAAUAAAACAAAAUAUUGAAAAUUUAGAUAUUCCAUAUUUACAGCAACUAUACUAAUAUAUACAACUCUUAAGACUAAGGGGGGAGAGAAAUGUACUGUACAAAAAAAGGGAAUGGACGGAAUGGACAAUCUCACUAGUUUGUCUAACAUCUGUACAUUAAAACUGUUGUAAUGAUUAAAUAGCUUCUGCAUUUCAAGUAACUAUUCACUUUUAAAAAUUCACUGUGGUGCUAAGACACUUUUUAAAUGAAAUAUUUUGAUGAAAACAGACAGUAAUAUGAAAGCUCCUACCAAUCCAGCAUUUAGCUAAAUGAAACUUAAACCUACAUUGCUGUGUGAACAGGGGAAUACAUGAAAAAUCAAUGGAAAUUAAAGCGGGGAUCUGUUGGCCAAGUGGAAAAACUAAAUUAAGAGUGGAAUGUUUGUGUUUUCAAGCUUAUAGGAUGGUAUUAAACUCUUAAUUUUAACAAAAUAUAAAGAAAAAUUAUUUGAAAGUGCGCCUAGAGUACAUUAAAGAUGUGCUAACUCACAUAGUAUGUACUAAAGUCCUUUUGUGAGACACAAUAGCUUUAUAAAGCAUUGACAUCUUGUGCUUUAGGUUUCAGACUAGUGUGUCUAAUGCAUUGCUAUAGUUAUUAUUGGGAUGCCUUUUGUUCCACAUCCUGUUUUGUUGUAUUAAACUGUAAC